AUGAAGGUCGCCGCGAUCCAGCCCACUCGGCGUUGCGUCCACGCGCGAGCGCCCGUUCGCGAGCGCCGCCGCGCCCCGCCGAACCCGCUCAGAGCGACGAUUAUCGAAAAUUCAGACACCUCCACCGAGUACACGAUACAAAUGACAACCGAAGAGGCUCGCAAGUGUUUACGCUUCGACGCCAUCGUCGUCGCCGAUAACGAGCGCGCGAUAUUCGUCAGCGGCGUGGCGAGAGAUUCAUCCGCGGAGCGGUGCGGGAUCGUCCCUGGGCAGCGCUUGAGGGCGCUGACGAACCCGGUGGAUAAGGAGGCGAUGAUGUUCCUCGGGGACGGGCAGCGGUUAGCGUUCGUGAAGGACGCGGUUCGAUCGACGCGAUUAGAGGAGCUGACAUUCAUAUUGGAGAAGGAAAUAAGCGUGACGCAAGAGAUGGUGGCGGCGGCGAUGAGCGAAGAGGAGCGAGAGGAGGAGGCGAUGCGAGCGGAGCGGGCGAGGGUGAAGAACGAGACGCCGACGCGCAGGACGGAUCGAGAGGGGAAGAAGAUCAAGGACCGACCGGAUCUCUACAGCGAUAAGUGGGAGGGGGAUGAGUAUACGGGGUCGUUCUGGAACGAGUUGACGGUGGGCAUAGCGGUGGCCGUCGUCGUGCCCCUGGUCAUCACCGUGCUCGCGACGACGACUCGGGGGGUUUUGUGGGACGUCACACGAUUUUAA